AUGCAUUCGAGGACUACUUCGGCAGCAACUGCGGCAACAGGGACAACCUAUGGGUUUUUGGAUUAUUAUACCAAUGCAACAGAUGAGGAAGACAUUGAGGAAACAGAGAAUCAAGUUGCAAAUACUCAACAAAUGGAGCAUACACAUAUGGCAUCGGCGUAUAUUACGAAACAUGAGACGAAAGAAUCGAUUGUGGAAUCACGGAGAGACUUUGCUAGUUUGAAGGAGCGUAUAAACAGUGGUAUGUCUAUAAAGGAGUCUCCGCUCCCCUUUAGAAAAUCAGCCAUGAAACAGUCAAUCAAGAAUUCCACGACUGACAGGUACGGGUUCCAAAAGACCAACCAAUACAUAUCAACAAAAGACUAUAAUGACUGGUGGAACGAAUAUUGUCCAUACCUCAUCCGUCGAAAGGCCAAGUGGAUCAAAUUUUUAGAGAGAAAUGGGUUGUAUUAUGAACCCAAUUUGGUACCGUCACGUUUCCCCGCUAGAUCGGAGGAAAUGGCAAGGUUUGUCAGAAAGGGCAUACCGGCAGAGUGGAGAGGGAAGGCGUGGUUUUCCUUUGUGGGGGGUGUUGAGAAAAUGAAAGACAAUAAGGGGCUGUACGAGGCAUUGGUUAAUGAGUCCACUGAUUUGGUGAAUGAAAAUACUGAAGCAAUUGAAAAAGAUUUACAUCGAACUUUCCCCGACAAUGUUUAUUUUAAAGAGCAAAACUCUUCAAUGCUAGAUACAUUGAGGCGUGUUUUAAAAUGUUUCAGUAUGUUUAAACCAUCUAUUGGAUAUUGCCAAUCAUUGAAUUUUAUUGCCGGUUUACUCUUACUAUUUAUGAAUGAGGAAGAAACAUUUUGGAUGUUGGUGAUUGUCACAGAGAAAUUUCUACCAGGUGUUCAUGAAUCAAAUCUUGAAGGGCUAUCUGUUAAUCAAGGUAUGUUGAUGCUAUGCUUGAAACAAUAUUUGCCCGAUGUUUGGAAAAUCAUUAUGGACAAUGAUGAUUUGGGCGACAUCCCUGACGAUGACACCUCAUACCUUUUCUUUUUACCAACACUAACUUUUUGCACCACAAGCUGGUUCAUGUCUUUAUUUAUCGGCGUGUUGCCAAUCGAGACAACAUUGCGUAUCUGGGAUAUCAUAUUUUACCACAACUCUAAAACCAUAUUUCAAGUUUCAUUGGGGAUAUUCAAAAUGCUCGAUCCCGAGUUGAGAAAGUUCUAUUGUCGUGCACAUGGAAUCUCAACUUUAUUUACACAUUCAGAUACAGAUUUGACACUAAAGUCCACCAGGUUACAGGAAAAUAACAGAGAUGUAUUAGGCAGUGAUUUAUUCCAACUAAUCCAAAACACACCCAAGAGAGUUAUUAAUACCAAUCUAUUUAUAGAUACCUAUGUGCAAAACACCUUCACCCAGGAAGAGAUCCGGAGAUGUCGUGAGUUUGUUGUGCAAUCUCGACAGAGGCAUGCAAACCUUAUUGACAGAAGAAAGGAAUUGGGCAUGACACAUGAAGAGAGAAAGGAGCUACUCAAGCAAGAAAGAGGUGUCAUCUCAGGGGUUUGGGAAGAACGUAGAAUGCGUACUGGCUUAUGGAAUGUUGGGUUGAACAGGAGGAUAAAGAAAAUAUACAGCAAGGGACCUCCUCCAAAAUGA